AUGAUGAACCAAACGGCGAGCGCGGCUGUGACCACGGCCACGGCGGCCAUGGUGCAGGCCACGACGACGUCGAUACCUCAGGCGGCCAUCGUCGCGGCCGCCGCGGCCGCAGCAGCCGCAGCCGCCGGUAUGCCCAAGCUGCUCGGCAUCGAGACCACGACCGGCGGCGUCGUCGGCGACGGCCUGGUGGCGGUGGGCGGUGGCGGCAACGUCGCUUCGUCGGCCGUCUCGGGGGGCAGCGGCGUCGUCGUCGGGAUCGGCGGCAACGUGGACGAGGACGUCACCGCGGGACUCAACAUAUCGCCCGUGACUCUGUCGUCGGACUGGUCGCGGGUCGUGCGGCUGCUCAUACUCCUGUCGUUGGCGGUGAUCGGCAGCGUCGGCAACGUCUUCAUGAUCUCGGCCGUCAUGGUCGAGGAUCAUCUCAAGAAACGAGGCAACGCCUUCCUGGUGAACGUGGCGCUGGCCGAUCUGCUGAUAUCGGGCAUGGUGAUCCCCGCCUCGGCCAUACUCAUACUGGCCGGUAACGAGGAGUCGCCCAAGGGCGUCUGCCGCUUCGAGUGGACCCUCGAGGCGCUCUGCUUCCUCGUCACGGUGCUCACCCUGGCGGCGAUCGCCGUGGAAAAUUAUCUGAGACUCUGCUGGCCCGUCGAGAGAUACAACAUCGUGGCGACGACGGGCCGCGUCACGGGCGCCGUCAUCUUCAUCUGGAUCCUCGCCACGGUCUCGGUCGGGCUCCAGUCCUACUUCGACCUGGGGCCGAAUCUCUGCAACAUCGACUGGCGCAAGCCCUACACCCAGACGACCAACACGACGGGCAUCGUGAGCGCCACGGCCAUCGUCGCCGCCCCCAUGCUCUUCACCGUCUGCAUCUAUCUGCGACUGCUGGUGGGCGUGCGGGGCGCCCAGCGCGGCUCCUACAAGCCGCCCGUCGCCUUCAACUGGGACUACGAGCUGACCAAGGCCAACUUGUGGAGCUUCUUCUUCUUCGGCGUGUUCUGGCUGCCGUUCGCCGUCACCUUUUGCAUCAGCGUCGUACGACCGGUGAGCCCCCGUCUCGUCAUCUACCUCGCCUGGUUCGCCCUGUCCAAGUCCUGCUUCAACAAUCUGCUCUACUGCAUCGCCGACCGUCACUUUCGCAGCGCCUACGUCAAGCUCUUCCACUACUGCUGCUGCAAGACGACCGUGAGCUUCUCGCGGCGUCAACGGGGCGGCGGGGGCGGCGGAGGCGACGGUUCGGGACCCGGGGGUCGUGGCUCGGGCGACGUCCGACUGCGCGUGCACAUCAUACACUCGUACACGAGCGGCGCGGCCUGUCGCAUGCCGGCCCAGACCACCGGCCGGUCCAACGGAGGCCGCGACGUCUACGAGUUGUAGGAUUACGGACAGUACGCCAAUCGAGGCUUUCAGAUGGGUGGAUACGAUAUGCUCUAAGUAAAAAGUAAGGAGGGAAAUUGUACGAGGCCUCGAGGCGGCGUUGUUUUCUUCGGAAUGCAGCGAGAUGCGUGGAGACGUAUAACGAUCUUUGUAAAUAUAAUACUCGACUCAGCUUCCCCCUGAUCACACACACACACACACUUAUACAGUCACACACAGCAAAAAAUGAACGAAAAAAAUCAAAAGGUAUUUAUAAUACUCGAACGCCUUAAAUGAGAUUCGAAUUGACACUCAAGGGCGCGAUAAAUACACGAACACGCAAAACUUUCAACAAAAACAAAAAAAUUCAAAGACUUUAAAUAUGAUACAAAUGAAUGUGCGGAAUUCUAGAUAUCUGCAUGAUUCAAAGUCCAACUGUUUUAGCUAAAAAAAAAAUACUGAACAAAAGAGAAAAAAAAUCAAACGAAAAAAAAAACAAACUACGAGAGUGAAAACUCGCGACUUAUACCGUUAACUAUAUAAAACAAAAAAAAAUUAUAUAUAUCAUAUUAUAUGUAUAAAAGGUGCUUGUACUCAUAAUUUUACAAUUCCACAUUUUUACGAUGUCUAUUAUAUGAUAUAAUGCGGUACGACCCUUGCCGUACUACUCAAGCUAAUGCGAUAUUUUUUAUUCCAACGAAAGAUGAAUAUUUUUUAAAUAGAAAAAAAAGGAUGCAGUAAAGAGAGAAAGGCACAUAAUGCUCAAAUACACGCGGGUCACGCGGAUGUUACAAAAUAUAUUUUGGAUGUUACAGUAUAUUUAUUCGGAAAAUUUACAAGACUUUUGUAAAGCGCGUCUGUACAUUUACAAUUUUAUUAAUUAGUUACCUCGAGACACGCGUUUGAAGGUUUGAAAAGGAGGUUGGCUUCAUUCCCAUAUUACAUACCCUUUAAGAUCGUUUACUUAAAUACAGAUAUAGAUAUAUAAUAUAUAAUAUAUAUUUUUAGCCUUCGUGCACCCGAAUGCGGGCUGUCUCUCUCAUCUCGUUUUCUUCCCAAAGAUGUCUUUUUAAUGUACUAACUAUUUUCCGCGCGACACACGAGUCAGAGUGAGAGAGAAAAGCACAGCUCAAAGAGAGUUAACUUCAUAAAAGUAGAUCAUUCUUCAUGCCUGUCUAUAUAACAAAAGACUCAUAAAUUCUGCGCGCGCGUCGUGUAACAAACUUCGGGGCUCUGUGUAUAGCUCAAACUUUAUCACUUAGAGAAAAAUUACUAAAGAAAAGUAAGCCACCUUUCGGGGUGCAGGCGGCCCGGCGAAGUUCGUGAAUCUGCAGCUUUUAAUUCAUGACUUUUGCCCCUUUUCUCCCUUUUACGAGGCGUGCCCCGUUAGGUAGAGAAAAAAAAUUAAGGGCAAAACAAUCUAGGCGACUAUUUGUUUCAGAAUAACAAAUGGAAAUGAGUUAAUUGGGAAAUCAAUUUUUUUUCUCUUUUUUUUUUUUUUUGCUUCAACUUCGGGAACUCGAGCAAUGAAUGACGAGACCCGUUAAAACUAGCUGCCCAGCCGCGUCGUUAAUCAAUUCGUGCUCGCGCAUUAUAUCGAUCGCUCCUAUGUAAGGUCGAGUUGAAUGGAGAAAUCCCUUCGUGUUACCGGAUGAAUUUUCCGUCUGCUGCGCGCGUAUAUAAAUCGAGGGUGUAGUUGAAAAAAAAAAAAAAAUUUUAUACUGUGCAAGGUAAACUUUUUUCGUACAAGAGAGAGACUCUUUUGCUGAGAAGCGAGCAGCAAUGCUCAAUGCGGUGGGUCGUGAGAAGAAGAAAACGAACGACGACUACGAUGCGUGUACACUUCGCGUUUAUAUAUUAUAUAAAUGCAUUGGGUAAACGACUAGGUACUACCACUACUGUAUUUUUUUUACUUUUUUUUUUGCCUCGGUUCAUCUUUACACCGAAGCUUGUGCUUGCUGCAAUGUGAUUGAGCUGUAAUUACUUGACCAGAGAACCCAAUUGCUAAACGAACUUUUCAGAUUGAAAAACUGAUUGGUUUUUCCUUUUUCAAUGCCGCCCGGGUAAACUUCUCGAGUUUUGAGCGCGAUUACUGCCGCCCGCGUUUUUCCCAUCAGCAUUUUAUCUGUAUAUACUGUACGUUCCACAGAUAGAAAGAACGUGUCGCUGGGGUGGGGCGAAAGUCAAACGAAAGCGAAACAAAAGGAUAUCGAGUAAAAAAUAGAAUUAAUUAAAAAAGAUAAUGUCAUUCCUUGCGCGAGAGCGAGGCGAGGGUUUAUUAAAGUUCGAGAUGAAUGCACGGAAAUUCCAUAGAUGAGCUGCAUUAUAUUCAGUGCGCAAACGUUUUAAUUUUUCAUUCGAAUUAAAACUGAUGGAUAUUGCGCGUGCCUCGCAGCUCGGAUAUGUCAAAAGUCGCUUACAAAAUAAUGAGUUUCGUAUCACUGGGCGCCGCCGCCGCUGCAGCAGGUGCUGCACUUCCUCCUUUUUUUUUAUUUUCGCAUAUUACUUCGUCUGCAUUUUUUAGCUCUCUCGUAUCCUCUCUCAUUUUUGGGCAACUUGCCAAAUUGCAAUUAAUGUACCCUUUGCUUUUGGGGAGGAAGGAUUAUCUCUUGCUUUCGUUAGCAUUAUAGGGCGGCGAGAGUAAAGUGACAUUAAUGAAAGCGAGUGUAUGUAUACGGAAAAUCGGAUUUACAUUCUUUUUCUUUCAUACUCGCGUAUAUAAUUGAAAAAUCAUCAUUUUUGACCGACGAGCUAGCCAGAGCUACGCGGAUUCGAAUGAAAUUCUUCUCGAGCUCCGAUAACGACGGCUUAAUUUACUCGUAAUAUAACAUUCGUUUAUUUUAAAUCUCGCAGGCCGUUUUACUCGUCGCGUUAUAGAGAAAAAGCAAAUUAAAAUUGAAUGUAAAGCCUUUACCUCCUUUUUUGCAAAAAUAAUUAUUUUACAUGAUGAAAGUUUCCAAAUAAAUGUUGAGGUCACCCAUGCUAGUGGCCUCGGAGAAAUACGCAGAGGAAAGAGAGGUUGUCAUUGAAAUAUUAAUCAAUUUAAUGUAUUUUUUAAUAUUUCGA